AUGUCGGAUUGGGACGACAAAGAGAAAACGGCCAAUGUGGCGGCUCAGCCAGCCUCAGAGUCAGAAGAGACCAUUGUCCACGGCGAUGUGAAAUAUACCGCAGCAGAAGGAUUGAACUCGACGAGCGUGACCUACCAAGAUGCAUCGGGUGCACCCGUGGAAACAAGUUCACCAUUGGGAUACUCAGUCAGUUUUCUGGCAGCGAUGUGCUUAAACAUCAACCAAAUGAUUGGCACAGGAAUCUUUUCCACGCCCGCCACUAUUCUCUCCGGCGUUGGCUCAGUAGGCCUUACCAUGAUAUACUGGUUCAUAGGAUACCUGCUGUCCCAAAGCACGCUAUCGCUCUACCUUGAACUGGCAUCAUAUUUCCCCAGUCGAUCGGGCGCCGAAGUUGUCUGGCUCGAGCAAGCCUUUUUGAAACCACAAUACUUCUUCCCAACAAUAUUUGCGGUAAAACAUGUCGUGUUCUCGUUUGGGAGCAGCAAUUCCGUUGUUUUGGCCGAAUACUUGUUUGGGAUUGCCGGAUCGUCGUAUACCGAUUGGCAGUUGAAGGGCGUUGCUGUUGCGGCUUAUACACUUGCAUUAAUAGUGGUCGCUGCAAGCACGAGGUGGUCCUUGCGGUUCGUCGUUUGGUUUGGUAUCGUCAAGAUCGCUACAUUAUUACUGAUCUCGAUUGCUGGCUUGGUGGUUCUUGGGGGACAUACAAGAGUGGCAGAUCCUCAGAUAAACUGGCGCAAUGCGUGGGAAGGAAGCUCAGGAGCAUCCGCCUACGGAGCGACCAACGCCAUGAUCAAAUUGAUCUUCUCCUAUUCGGGGUAUCAGAAUGCGUUUUCUGUGGUAAAUGAGAUCAAGAACCCAGUGAAAACCCUACGCUGGAGCGCUCCAUUCUCUCUCCUCCUGGUGACGACUCUUUACAUCUUGGUCAACGUGGCAUACUUCUCAGCCGCAUCACGAGAAGAGAUCCUCGCCUCCAAGCAAAUUGCAGCGGGAAUCUUCUUUGAAAAAGUAUUUGGCUCGAACGGAGCUUCUCAUGGACUAGAUGUACUCAUCUGCCUAAGCGCCUUCGGGAACCUAAUAGCCGUGAUGAUCAGUUACUCGCGAAUGCUUCGGGAGACUGGUAGGCAGGGACUUCUCCCUUGGCCCAAAUUUUGGACUUCGACGAGACCAUUUGGAACUCCCCUCGGGUCAUAUCUGGUUCAGUAUGUGAUAACGGUGAUAAUGGUCAUCGGGCCUCCUGCUGGAGAUGCUUUCAAUUUUGUGGUUGAUCUUUCCGUUUAUCCGGGCAGUCUUUUCAGCUUCUUAUUGGUGAUUGGGCUUCUGAUGAUUCGGAGACGCCGCAAGGCUCUCAAUCUACCCAGGCCCGAAUACAGAGCUUGGAAUGUGGCCGUUGUAUUCGCCUUCCUUGCGAAUCUUUAUACGCUUGUCGCACCGUGGUAUCCCCCUACAGGAGGCGCAGAUGGGGGAGAUGUCAGUUUCUGGUACGGUACCUAUUUGGUGGUUGGCAUCGGCCUGCUCACGCUUUGUGGUGUUUACUACUACUUUUGGAUUGAAUUGAUUCCCAAGUAUAAACGGUAUGAGUAUAGACAGACGAUCGUGAAGUUUGACGAUGGGACAGUCACACAUAAACUGGUUCAGGUGCCGAAGUCUGAAUUGGUCGAGUGGGACGCACAACACGAUGCUUCGGGUCGCUUGCAUCGGGAAGAAGUACAUUAG